ACAGAUUAUAAAUAUAAAUUUGUAAUAAAAUAUUUGGACGUGCUUGUUUUCAAAGCUAUGUUUUCGCAUAAACAUUACGUCGAUUUAUCUCCAUAAAUAAUUCAAAAUAAGUGAAAAAAAGUAAUAGAAACAUCAGAUAGAAGCUUAAUUUUAGAAAACAGUAAACCUGUGGUGUCAGCAUGGCACCCAAAAUAGGAACAGCGGUCGAAGAUUCGGGCUCUGAUUCAGACAGUGGUUCCAGUGGAAGUCGUAGUAAAAGCCCCAGUCCUGGUAAAGAAGGCAGCAGGUCUCGAUCAGUAUCCCAUAGCCCAGCACGCUCCGGUAGUGAAUCUCCUAAAUCAAACAACUCGGCUAGGUCCAGAAAAUCUUCUAAUGCAUCCAAUGUGUCUCGCAGCAAAUCUAAUUCACCUACAGGUUCUAAUAGAUCUCGGUCAGGCUCAGCUCAAAGCAAUAAAUCUGGUUCAUCAAGCCCUAAAUCCCAAGCAUCAGGUAGCCCUAAAAAUAGAGCAUCCAAAUCUCGUUCAAGAAGUGGUUCGCGUAAGUCCAGAUCUGCGUCAGGCAGUGGAAGAUCUAGAUCUGGCAGUGCUAAUUCCCGCUCUCCCAGUCCAAAAUCUGGGGCACAGAGCCCAAAAUCACGCUCACAGAGUCCCAAGUCAAGAUCGCAAAGUCCGAAGUCGAGAUCACAGAGUCCUAAAUCAAGGUCAUCAAAAUCUAGAUCCAAUAGUCCAAAGUCCCCAGAACAUAAGAGUCGUUCAAGGUCUGCAAGUGGCAGUCCAAAGAGUCGGAAGUCAAGAUCAAGGUCCGGUAGUGCCUCGUCAAGAUCCAAGAGUCCGGUACAAAGGCAGGAUGUGGCAGACAGCAGAUCAAACUCUCCAAAUCUUAUGAUUGACGAUGAUCAAGGAAAAGAAAAAUCUAGAAGUAGAUCACGGUCAAGAUCAAAAAGCAAGUCAAAAUCAAAAAGUCGCUCUAGAUCACACUCAAAAAGUUCUAAUGCAUCUAAUGCAGAAGAUGGUGGUAAAAAGAAAAGCGGAUUGCUAUCAGACUCGGAAAGUGAUGGUGAUAAAGGUGUUUCCAAACGUAAGAAGGGAUCUGACAGCGGCUCAGACACAAGUGGCAAGCCUAAGAAGAAGACAAAGAAGAUUGUAGAUUCAGAUGAAGAGAAACCAGGAGAAACCGUGACUGCGGACGCGUUAUUCGGUGAUGCGUCAGAUAUUAGUACUGAAGACGAAGGGGAUAAGAGAUCAGAUAGAUCCAAAUCCCGAUCGAGGUCCAGGAGUCGCAGUGCGGCGAGGUCUGAUGAUGAACGACGGUCACCGGAUGACGCCAGAGGCAGCGGUGACGAGGAGAACCGUGAGAAACCUGAAGAGGAAGAGGAAGUAGAGAUCCCAGAGACGAGGAUAGACGUGGAUAUGCCCAAGAUCUGGACGGAAUUAGGCAAGGAGUUGCACUUUGUGAAACUGCCCAACUUCCUGUCAGUGGAGACUCGCCCCUACGAUCCUAAUACUUAUGAAGAUGAAAUUGAUGAGGAGGAAACUUUGGAUGAAGAAGGUCGAGCGAGGUUAAAAUUAAAAGUAGAGAACACAAUCCGAUGGCGCACUGUGUUCGACAAGGAGGGCAAUGCAGUAAAGGAGUCGAAUGCUCGCAUGGUGAAGUGGUCAGACGGCAGCAUGUCACUACAUCUCGGCUCUGAAAUAUUUGAUGUCUAUAAACAACCAUUACAUGGUGAUCACAACCACCUGUUCGUCCGUCAAGGCACAGGUCUGCAGGGUCAGGCGGUGUUCCGCACCAAGCUCUCCUUCAGGCCGCACUCCACGGAGUCCUUCACGCACAGGAAGAUGACUCUGUCCCUCGCUGACCGCUCCACCAAAACAUCCGCUAUUAAGAUACUGUCACAAGUUGGGGCUGAUCCUGACGCUGAUAGGAAAUAUCAGUUGAAGAAAGAGGAGAUGGAGUUACGCGCUGCGAUGCGGUCCCGUGCGGCGACGCGACGUGCACGACGCGGGGGCGGGGCGGCGGCGGGCGGGGGGCGGGGCGCUCGCGACGACUCCGAGGACGAGGGCGGAGUCUCACUCGCCGCCAUCAAGAAUAAAUACAAAGCCGGACAGAAAGCGACAGCAGGUGCGGCUAUAUACUCAUCAGAAUCGGAAGGUUCAGAUGUGGAGACUCGUCGUGCUCGACGUCUGGACCGCGCCAAGGCUCUCAAGGACUCAGACUCAGAAGGCAGUGAGGGUAACGCCGCCACACCUGCACAUACGCAUAGUGCUAGUAACUCACCAAGUGGCAGCGAGUGAUGUAACACUUCUAUACAUUACUAGCUGUCGCCCGCGACUCCGUCCGCGCGCAGUUAAAAAAAAAAAUGAAAAA